AUGCCGCCCACCUGGACCCCGACAGAGAUUGAAGAGCUGCUUCUUCUUGACUUGGAGACUAUCGUCGAUCGCCAAGCGAAAGCGGCUGCUGCCCAGUGGUUUUUCAAGAUACGCCUACAAUUGGAUACCGACAGAGUGGCGUACCAGACGAACCAGAAAUUCUACAAUAGUGCCCAUAGACGCAGAAACUUCGAGGUCAUGAUACAAAAGGCCCUGGUCGGAGAGCCGUGGGAGCUCGAGAUCUUCCGUCCCAUGAGACCUGAUAUACGACUUCUACGUUGCGCGUCGUUGCUUCCUACGCAGUUGAAGCAGGUCCACACGCACGGUCUGACAGGCUGUAUUGGUGAUCUCGUCUUCAAAGCUACCGGCCCCUGGACUGUCCCUGUCUGGCUCAGGGAACGCUUUGAGAUGGUGCUCAUCGAGAUGCAAGAUCCCCGCGCAGGAUUGCUUCUACAAGGUUUGUCAUUCCUUUCCCACUCUGCUAGAAGCGUACGCUGA